AUGAUAUGGAUAGUUCAUCUCUUUCACAUUUGGAAUUGUUUGCCGAAUUUUCACGUCACUGAAAAUUUUUCUUGUGAUUUAAUGCACGACUGCUUUGAAGGCAUAUUACGAUAUGAUAUGGCAUUUAUAAUAGAUGGUUUGUUAAAUAAGAAAUAUUUUGACAUUGACCUUUUAAAUAAUAGAAUCAAAUUUUUUAAAUUCUCUAGAGCUGAUGCUGGAAAUCCAAUGCCCCAAAUUAAACUGGAGCAUUUAAGACGUAAACACAUAACGAUGAGCGCGUCAGAGAUGUUAUGUUUUACAGUUUACUUUGGUUUACUUGUUGGAGACUUGGUACCUGAAACAGAGCCAAUUUGGAGUUUUUAUAUUUUAAUCCUUCAAAUUGUUGACAUUUUACUCGAAAGACAAUUUUCGGAAACUUUAGUUGAGUAUCUUGAGGUAUUAAUUAGAGAGCAUCAUGACAUGUAUAUUGAUUUGUUUCAGGAAAAUUUGAAACCAAAAUAUCAUUUACUAUUGCACUACCCCAUUGUUAUUAGAAAUUUAGGACCACCAAGAUUUUACUGGUGUAUGAGGUAUGAAGCUUUUCACAGACAACUGAAACAAACCGCUAACUCAGUUACUUGUCGAAAAAAUUUGUUAGUAACACUAUCCCUUAAACAACAGCUGAAAUUAUCGGGUAGACUUUCAGAUAAAAGAGGAUUUCAAACCAAGGUAGACUUUGGUCCGCGAUAUGUAAUACCUGAAAAAAUAGUAACAAAAUUUAAGUUGUCAAAAACAUUUUUUAGCGUGUCUUGGAUAACCAUUAACAAUAUUUUGUACAAAAAAGACUUUGCGUUACAACUUUGCGAGAGUAAAUUUGGUCAAAUUAAGAACAUUUUUACAAAUGAAAAGACUAUAUAUUUUAUGUUGCAACCACUUAAGACUGUUGGCUUUUGUAAACAUGUGCAAGCUUUUGAAAUAAUAUUUCAAGGCGGUGUAACAAAUGCUGAAGACUUAUUUGUCACAUCAUUUGAUAAUAUGACUUAUUCUAAGCAAGUUCAUAACUUUCAUUUUACUGGUAACGGAACCUGUUUUAUUUCUGUUAUAAAGUAG